AACUUUUGCAAACUUCUGAUUUUUGCUAUUACUUGUUGCUGUUUUAACCUUACAGGAAGUAUUUUCUCAUUUGUGCCAUUGCUGCUGUUGUCCUUUAACAUCAUUUUUAAACUGUGAACGUAUUUGGGAAAAAUAGAAAAUUUUAAACGGGCUAAAAAAGAUGUAACAGAGAAAAGGCAUGCUACAGACUUACUGGGGGAAGAAAAAAAAAGUGAUCUCAGGGUAGUGGGGAAAAGAGGCCGAUUUUCCACUGGUCACAGGGGAAAACCCAGCCAGGGGGAGUCACCAGUCUCUCCCAUGGGUGUUUCCUUGAGUGCUAAGGCAAGCAAACGCGUGAGCUCACCCCGUGGUGGGAGCAAGUCGGAGAUGGCACACACCUGUGCAGCGCAGGGCCGCGUCCUCCCCCUGGGAGACUUGGGGAGGCUCCCCCUGGUCCCAGGGCUGGGCUCCCGGGCAGCCUGUUUGGAAAGCGGGGUUAUAAUUUGGAACCGAGUCUGUUUACAUUAUAACAACAACACAGUUUCGGUUUGUCUCUGCAUUGGAGGCGGUGUCAGCGCUUUCCUUUCCGUGUUUGUUUUUUUUGCUGGUUUAAAAGCUCACCGUGGAGAAAGCGGCUCUCUGGCGGAAGGCGACGUCCAGGCUUGGCCAGGCUCUGGUGGACUCUGCAGAAAUGCUCGCUGGCUGCAGAGUCCGGUCGUUUGAAUGCGGUCAUUGUGCCUCCCCUUGCCCGUGGCCUCUGGCCUAUUGUCUGGGCGCCUCGGUUGGGCCGGUGCUAUCUGAUUGUGACUGGUACUAAUAUUACAGCUGUCGGUGCUCAGGCCCUCCCUCGGGGCCCCCAGUCUGGCUGCCUCUGUCUGCAGCCCUCCCUGGAGGGGGUCCCGUCACAGCUCUCAUAUCAAAAAACGCUGUCAUUUAUAGAACUUUCAAAGACAAGGGAACUAGGAAUCUUUGAAACCAAUGGUUCUCCAACUUGGAUUUUUUUUUUUUUUUUUUUUUUGGCAAAUACCCCCUUCUUUUCUCUGAUGAAAUCUUCCACCAGACCCCCACUUUGUAAAAAAAUGGGGAAAGACAGAUGUCAUGUUUGAAGAUGAAAAGGGUGACUUGGAGCUCCACUCUCCCCCUCUUCCUCAUCCCACCCAAUAUGAGAGGCCUCUGAGGGUCUCCUGCCACACCAGGAGAACUUGGACACCCCUGUACACCUGCAGCAGCCUUCCAGGGCUGUCUCCUCAACUUACUGAUACCAGAAAUUAAGGGGAGAUUGCAACAGAUGCUCAGUACAUGAAGCAGUAGACAGAAAAGGGUGCACACACGUUGCAUCAGUUGGUUUUUAUGUAGCUCUGGAAAAGACAGUAGGAAUCUGUGGUGAUAGGAAUCAAGCAGUGACUGCCCCAGGGAGAAGAGAAGAUUGCCUGGCAAGAGGUAUGAGGGGGCUUGAUGGAGUGAUUGAACUGAUGUCUAUCUUUACAGAAGUAUGGACUACAUGGCAUUUGUCAAAACUCCUCUGUGCAUUUCACUCUCUGUAAAUUACCCUUCUGUUAAAAAAAGAGAGGGGGGAAAUAAAGCAAAAAACAAAUCAGGCAUUUGGUGAGUGAAAAUACUGUAGCCCAAUAUUUGAACUCGGUCAACAUCUUUAGAGCAAUGUGGGCUGUUUAUGGAGUCUAAGACCAUUGUGAGAAGUUUCUGAAAGCUGGAGACCAUGUGAUUUUUCCAAUACUUUCUUUGUUCAAUGACCCACAAAAUCAGGGGGAGAAAUUCUCAGAGAACUCCAGACAAUGGAACUACUUUGGAGUCCCGAGGGAGGUAUGACACCUGGGAGUCCUGGGUCAUAGUCUCUAGUACAAUACUUGAUUCCACUGACCCCGGAGGCCAGAAUCAUUGCCCUUCGCACUUGGGGCCAGGUAGAGUGCCAGGAGCCCAAGAGAGCCAUCCAUUUCCAAGUGCGGGUCCUCUGAGCAUUACAGACCCCGAGAAACCCCUUAGAAGCCACUUUGGAAAAAGUAAUCUAAGUCACCUACCCAAGAUGUGGAUUGACCAUGACUUUUCACUGAUUGGCUGUUGGGCCUCUUCCUUUAUUUUUAUUAUUUUUUCUUUUUUUAAAGAUUUAUUUAUUUAUUUGAAAGGUAGAGUUAAAAAGAAAGAUACACACAUGUACACACACACACACACACACACACACUGGCUAGUUCACCUCCUGAACGACCCCAAUGGCUGGGGCUGAGCCAGGCAGAAGCCAGAGCCAGGAUCUCCCCCUGCAUCUCCCACAUGGAUGCAGGGGCCCGAGCACUUGGGCCAUCUCCCAAAGCUUUCCCAGGCCCACUAGCAGGGAGCUGGAUGAGAAGUGGAACAGCUGGGACUCCAGCCAGCACCCAUGUAGGAUGCUAAUGCUAUAGCUGGAGGCAUAACCUGCUAUGCCACAGUGCCAACACCCCCCCUGUUUUUUAAAUAAAUAUUUAUCUAUUUGAAAAGCAAAAUGACAGAGAGAGAGAUUUUAUUUGCUACUUCACUUCCCAAAUGGCCACAACUAAUGGGUCUGGGUUAGACUAAAGCCAGGGUCCAAGAAUUCCAUCCAAGUCUCUACUGGGCUUUUGAUCAGAUUCUAUGUACAUAGAGAGGUCCACAAGUGAAAACGUGCAGCCAAUUCACUAGAUAUCACGCUGGUGUCUGUUCUUUUUCUUGAGCGACAAGAUAGCAUGCAUGAUACUGCUCCAGGAAGCACCCUGGGCUUUCACAUGCUAAGCUGUGCAGACAGACCCUGGCCCAGACCUAGCACAUCCAGGCCUGUGCAACAGAACCUCAUCGACUCAGUCUCAGACCAAGCAUUAUGGGAAACCCUGACUUCAACAACCCACCAAAAGAAAGUUCUCUCCUGUGCCCAUUUUGAGAAUUUUGACCCAAUCAGCAAUAUUUUUGAAACAGAGGAAAAUUCAAAACAAGCUGGGAGCCCCAUGGCAGUACUGGGCUCUAAGUGGUCACUGUCAACUCUUUGUCUGGUGUGGUGUUGGUCGUUAUCUAGAGAAUCAGGUUGCUUUGGGGAGAACCCUUCCUGAAGGGACCCAAAAUGCUAUUUAAGUUGGUGUUGUGUAUUGUUCAGUACUUUGUGUUUCACAGAUCUAAACCUUACUUUCUUUAUGCUUUACUUCAAUGUAUACUAUUAAUACUUGGCAGAUUCUUCAUAACUUUUUAAGCUUUUCUCCUACUUAUCUGAAUAAUUUUUACAAUGGCCUGGAAAAUGCACGGUUCCUCCUCAACUACCUUUGUAUGGUAGAACCUGUGAUUGAGGUUGAAAGACAGCCCUCCGAUGACACUUGGAGAACAAGGGACUUUUUGCUUUUAGCAGGUGUCAAGAAUUACCAAAUGGCAACCUUGGGCCUGUAUCCCUCCCAUAAGGCAUUUUGACCCUCUACAAAGCACUUUUUUUUUCCUUGAAAUACUUUGAAGCAACCCUAUUUAAAUUUUCCUAUGUGUGUGUUUCGGAAGCCAGGCGGUACACGGAAGCCUCUUAUUUGGGUUGAAAUACAGCUCAGGACGGGGACCAGGACAGAUGAGACCUGGGGGUGAGCUCUGCCUUUGGAAGCCUGUUGAGAAAACUGGGGCUGGAAAGAGCAAGGACACUGUUCUUGAGAAGGAAAUGAUGGCAGUGUGGGAAAUGGCAAGGAAAGGUCUUGUGCAGCCAGAGCAGGAAGGAUCUCGAGGGACCCAAGGGCUCCAGCCUUUCAAACUGUAUUACCUUCCUCCAGGAAGGACCCACUGUCUGCUACUUGAGUGAUUUCCCAACGAAGGACCAAAACCCAUUAUACGCACAACAGGGCUCCACGUGAACACAAAUUUAGUUCACUAAUGAAGCUAUGGUAAAACUGAAUCAUCUGUUUAAAAAAAACAUUUUAAAUAACCAGGACAUUUUUUAACCCACACACAUCGUGCUUUGCCUGCACAUGACGCAAAUUUCCUAAUCAAACCAAAUUUAAUUUAGCAAAAGAUUUUUCUCCAUCCAGUUUGGUUUAAUGUGCAUCAGAGCAGAAAUGAAAUUACAUAAUGUAUGAGUUUGAGCAGAAUUUGCUUUUUUGCAAUUCCAUUUGAAAGGGCUUGUUUCAAGGCAUGAAGAGUCAAUUUAGCCAGAUGGAAAAUACCAAGGCAGAAAUUGUAUGUCUUGUCUGUGCCUGUGACUUUGGGCAAGUGGUCCUCUUGGAGCCAAUGUUCUUGAGUUUGUUUUCUUUCUCUCUCUCUUUCUCUCUCCAUACACAUACUCCUCUCUCUCUCUCUCUCUCUCUCUCUGUUGUGUGGGUAGUGCAACACAUGUAUAGUCAGAUUUCAGUUACUCAUGAGAAUGGAAAAAGGGUAAAUGUUAAUAACUGAAGUGUACUUUGGUGACAUUUUUCCUCAUGGACUUCUUUUUUUUUUUUAAGCAGCAAAAUGAAUGUAUCCAACAAACAAGCUGCCUGUAAGGUUGUUAACCAAGGAGAAAAUAUCCUGGUUUGAGUUUUGUCUCCUUUCAUUACGUCAGCUCUUUUCUCUAUUCAUGCUAUUGGGCUAGUAGCAACCAAAAAGCAGGCUGAAAGAAAGGUAACACGUAGUAUCGUGUGUGUAGUAUUUUUCAUGCUCAGUUUUCAGACAAGGAAACUGAGGCUGACAGAGUUGGAAGCAGAGCCUGAGGAGUUACCAAAGCUGAGCUGAAGGGCUCAGCCUUAGCUCAGAUCUUGCUAUCUGCAAGCCCCAGUUCACAGGAGAGAGCCAAUCGGUCCAAACAAACAUGGCACAAAACAUUGGCUUAACUGGAGAAACAGCCAAAUUUGUGAAGAAAUUAAAUUACUAUUUGGGACCUGCCCAUAGUAACAAUGACAGAAGUGACUUAAACAUCCAAAGUUUAUUUUUCUCUCGAGAGCAGGUGGGCAUGGCUCUUUGAUCAUCAGGGAUAUAGGGAACGUCUUUCUUUCUGAGUUGUUAUUCUUAGUAUAUGACUUUAUUUUCAAGAUUUCCUCCUGGUUCAUGGCAGCUGCUGCAGCUCUAGCUCUCACAUAUAAAUUUAAGACAACAGGAAAGACGGGGGAAGGGAUGUUAAAAGGCACCCACUGCCAGAUACGCUUUUUCCUUUUUAAGGGACCUUACCAGCAUUCCCAGUCAAAACCGUCUACCUACAACCUCAUCUAGCAACACCUAGUUGCAAAGAAAGCUGGACAGUUUCACUUGGUGCCUUGCCACCAAAAUGAAAGUGGGAUUUGGUUGUGAAGGAAUAUUCUGGAGGCACCUAGCAGACCUGGUCACAAGUACGUGAUCACUGGAGGCUCUUGAGUUACGGAGGGAAAUGAUCAGGACAGUGCUUUUAGGGGCUCACCCUGCAGCCAAGCGUGCAAUGGAUAAAACAGGAAGCAGUAAAAGGUAGCUGUGAGGGUGCCAGUUUGUGGUGAACAAAGUUUUAUAUUAGUGAGGUGAUAUCAAAGGACAGAAGAUAAUAGAUAUAUGUGAUAGAAUUUGGGAAGGAUGAAGUGACCAAUUAUUAAUUAGCCACAUAAUUCAGACACACACACACAUACACAUAUGUGCACACACAUGUGUGUGGUUGUGUGUAUAAAGGUGAACACAUUUCAUGUGUUUGUGUGUAUUCAUGUACCUAUGCACAAUGUGUACAUGGCAACUUCAGAAAGGCAUAGACGUUUGCAUUUCUAGGAAAAACCAUCUGGAUAAACAAAAAACUACAUUAUGUUUUUCUAUACAGAAAAUUGACUUAGGAUUUACUGGAGCAGUGUAUCAGCAAUACAUAAAUAAUACUAAAUAAGUAUAGGCAGACAUACAACAAAAAGCACAACAUAGAACUUACCUAGGGCUCCCUAACACCAGUAGCAGUGAUUUUUCAAACUUGAGCAUCACUAAAAAUCACUUGGAUAAAGAAAGGGAAGCUAAAAAGGGGGGCUAUGUUAUAGGCAUUUAAAGGGAAUGGGAGGAAGAGGAAUUGUAAAGAUAACUAAGAAACCUUCAUAAGAAACUAGAGGCACGAAUUUGGUGCAGUGUUUAAGCCACAGCUUGAGAUACCCACAUCCCAUAUCAAAGUGGCUGAGUUCAAGUCCUGUCUCCGCUCCUGAUUCCAGCUUCCUGCCAAUGCACACACUGGGAAGCAACCAUUGAUGGCUCAAGUACUUGGUCCCUGCCACCCAUGUGGGUUACCCAGAUUGAGUUUCUGGCUUCCAGCAUCAGCCUGGCCCCAUCCUAAUGGUUGCAGGCAUUUGGGAAGUGAACCAGCAAAUGGAAGUGCUCUCUUGCUCUCUCGCUCUCUCUCUCCUUUUCAAGUAAAGAAUAAAUAAAAUUUUUAAAUUAGAAAACCAGAAAAUGCCUAUAUAUUUGCAUAGCAAAAAUAUAAAGAUACACAUGAGCAAAACACACACCAACUGUAGAUUAGAGGUUAGCAUGGGUGAGAAAAGGGCGAGAGGAAGGAGAUAGGCCAUUGGUGAUGUGUUGCUUUAUGUCUCAUGGGAAAAUGAAGACAGUACAGUAAAUCUGAAUGGUGGGUGCUAAUAACACUUUAUAUACUUUUUGGAAAAUGUGUCAAAAUUUAAAAUUGUUUUCAAAAUUAAGCAAAUGUUCCCUUACCAGAAAAGUAAUUGAAUGAAAUAUUUACUUUUGGUUCUAAGCAGCUGGAGCUAGUGUUAAGCAUGCAACGGAAUCACCUUGAGGGCUUGUUGAAAGAGGUUACUGUGUCCCACCCCUGGAGUUUCAUACUCAGUGGAUCUGGGCGGGGCCCAAGCAUCUGUAUUUUAACCAGUUCCCCAGUAAUGCUCAAGCUGCUGGCCCAGGGACCACGCUUUGAGAAACACUGGCCUCAGAGAAUUUUUCUAGGAAACUGGAGUUGAUGGACUGCUCAGUUUCAUUCUUUAAACAAAUGCUUACUGUGUAAAGGCAGGAGUGCUUCAAACAGUGCAGGUAGUUCAAAGGUAAGCUUAUUUUUGUACAAAUUUUUUGAAAUCCAUUUAUCAUUUUCCAAAAUAUGGAUUUUCCAUGAACUUCUUGAAGGCCCCCUGUACCUGUAUAUUGCAGCACUUGAGCUGGGCCAAGCAUUCCACAAAGAGACCUAAAAAUGGUUUCUCCCCAGUACAAAGGAAGUAGAAUGGCCCAGUAUAAUUAUGCAAGUUGGACACUGUGUGUAUGGCACCCACUUUAACACUGCAGUGCAGCCAAAUGCAGUAAUCCCGGGAGCCGAAGAAGCAAGCCAAUGUUUGCCAACACUGUAAGACAUACUGCUAUUAACAUGCACAAUGUUCUUUCAGAAAUAAACAGGACCUCCAAACCCAUGAAUCAGGGUUAGAGAAUCAGACGAAGCUUAAAGGAUGGGAUUCCUCUGUAGAAUCCGGAAAGCUGAAGAGAAGUUACUAAGGGACCAGUGAACGUGGCAGGAGGCAGGCAGAGGAAGUAGCAUGUGCAAAACACAGAGACAUGAUAUGUAAUCCAUAGUAAGACUACUGUGGGUGGAUAAGGAAUUCAGGUUGGCAGGACAAAAGAGCUGACCAUCAGGGGCUACAUCAGGAAAGUUUCCAAGGUAUUUUGAUUUUAAUCUGACGGCAGUGGGGAGCUCUUUAAAACAUUUGAAGGAAGUAAUGAUUGGAUCCAGUUUUGUAUUAUAGAACAAAUCCUAUGGCAAGAAUGUAACAGAUGGCUUGGAGGUAAGAUUGGCCACAGUGAGCCAGGUAAUGAGCUACUCAUUAGUCUAGGUGCAAAAUGCUGAGGGUUGAAGUAAGGUAGUUCCAGUGUGAAUGGAUUCAAUGAGAUGCAUCCAAGAUGUUACAAAAGCAGAACUGGCAAAACACCAGGGCCAAUAGAAGGCAGGAAAUGAGAGAGAAGCUAUUAAAGAUGACUCAUAGGUUUGUGUCUUAAGCAAUUGGUGUAUGUUGGUGCUGUUUGCUGAACGAGACAAGAGGAGAAGAUUUGAGGGCUGCAGUAGGGGCUACAGAAAGUGAGUUUGGGUUUGGAUCCACGGAGUUUGGGGUAUUUAUGGAGCAGGCUUGUAGCGGAACCAUGUGUUCAAAGACAUGUCCUGAGCUGGAGAUUUCACCUUCGACAAUAUUCAGGAGAUGUCAGUGAAGAAACGGACCCAGAAUGACAACUAACCCAUGACUCCCAACAGUAUGACAGAAAAUGGCCUUCCAGCCUGGGACAAACCGAAGCCCUGUCCAGACGGCGACCGCGACUGGAAGCUAGGAGGGAUGUCUGAAACCUGCCUGCACAGGAAGAGCCAUCCGGACAGGCGCAGCGCGUUGAAAAACGAACAGUCAUCACCACAUCUCAUCCAGGCCACUUGGACGAGCUCCAUCCUCCACCUGGACCCCGAGGACGUGAGCGAUCAGAGCGUCUCGAGUGCCCAGCCCUUCCAGACGGAAGAGAAGAGAUGCAAAGGGUACAUCCCCAGUUACCUGGACAAGGACGAGCUCUGUGUGGUGUGUGGUGACAAAGCCACUGGGUAUCACUACCGCUGUAUCACGUGUGAAGGCUGCAAGGGUUUCUUUAGAAGAACCAUUCAGAAAAAUCUCCAUCCAUCCUAUUCCUGUAAAUAUGAAGGAAAAUGUGUCAUAGACAAAGUCACGCGAAAUCAGUGCCAGGAAUGUCGCUUUAAGAAAUGCAUAUAUGUUGGCAUGGCAACAGAUUUGGUACUGGAUGACAGUAAGAGGCUGGCCAAGAGGAAGCUGAUAGAGGAGAACCGGGAGAAGAGGCGGCGGGAGGAGCUGCAGAAGUCCAUCGGGCACAAGCCGGAGCCCACCGAUGAGGAAUGGGACCUCAUCAAAACUGUCACCGAAGCCCACGUGGCCACCAAUGCCCAAGGCAGCCACUGGAAGCAGAAACGGAAAUUUCUGCCGGAAGAUAUUGGACAAGCACCAAUCGUAAACGCCCCGGAAGGUGGAAAGGUCGACUUGGAAGCCUUCAGCCAUUUUACAAAAAUCAUCACACCAGCAAUCACCAGAGUGGUGGAUUUUGCCAAAAAGUUGCCUAUGUUUUGCGAGCUGCCAUGCGAAGACCAGAUCAUCCUCCUGAAGGGCUGCUGCAUGGAGAUCAUGUCCCUCCGCGCGGCUGUGCGCUACGACCCGGACAGCGAGACUCUAACCUUGAACGGGGAAAUGGCGGUGACGCGGGGCCAGCUGAAAAACGGGGGUCUCGGGGUGGUGUCGGACGCCAUCUUUGACCUGGGCAUGUCUCUGUCUUCGUUCAACCUGGAUGACACGGAAGUAGCCCUCCUGCAAGCCGUCCUGCUGAUGUCCUCAGAUCGCCCAGGGCUCGCCUGUGUUGAGAGAAUAGAAAAAUACCAAGAUAGCUUCCUGUUGGCCUUUGAACACUAUAUCAAUUACCGAAAGCACCAUGUGACACACUUUUGGCCAAAACUCCUGAUGAAGGUGACAGACCUGCGGAUGAUUGGCGCCUGCCAUGCCAGCCGCUUCCUGCACAUGAAGGUGGAAUGCCCCACGGAGCUCUUCCCCCCUUUGUUCUUGGAAGUGUUCGAGGAUUAAGGACUGGAUUUAUUCUCAUAAUUCCCACAGCACUACUGGGUGUCAUUUCAUUCCAAUGCCUAGCUCUUUUCUGUUUGUUUCUUUGUUUCUUUGUGUUGGGAAGGAUUUGGGGGGGUAAAGGGAGGUAGUCCUUGGCAUAGACACGGAUGAAAUUGCCCCUUGAAUGCGGGUACUUGUAACUAUUGGCAUUUUGUUCUCCAGUGCUUUGAUGUGAAUGCUUUGAAGGUAUUACAGUUGUGGAGGUGGGGUGGGGACCAUCAUUAAUUCACCAGCACCAAGCCAUCACCAGCUCCCACCUGUCCCUGGCCGGAGACUCCGGCAAGCGAAAUGGCACUGCAAAAGACUACAGAAGCCUUAAAGCCAGGAGAACGGCAGUGGUGAUCCGAUCCUGAAUUUUGCAAGGCUUAAGUUAGCCGAGCACAGAUCACCUUUGGUUAGGGGUGGCUUUCAGCUUCCUAGGGAAAGACUCAAACAACCGAUCUCCAUCCAUCCGAGAGCAUGCCUGUUUCCAGCACUCUUUUGUUCUCCUCUGGAAGCAUCACUUGGAAUGUACAGGAAAUCAGCUGCCUUUUUAGUAUCAUUUUUAUAACUUAGGAUUUCAUUUAUUUGACUGAUUGAGGCCAACAGGGAAGACAUUUGUCUUCAGCGAGCCCAAAGAAAUUAGAAAUCUUCACCAACAUCCAUGACUCAACGGUCCCCCAAAAUGCACGUAGCACUGCCUCCCAGGAGGAAGGCUUAGUCACAGGUUAGGAUCAGAGAACAUGUCCACAGAAAUCCAGUCUAUUCUCCGGGGUCACCACUCCAGUGGCAUCCGAUCUGUUGUCUCCCGAGCUCCAGAGCUGUCUAUCCUGCCUGCAUCCUUGCUGAGCUGGCCACGGACUUCCUUAUGGAUCAAAUCAAGGAAUGUUGCAAGCUGCCGUUUGAGUUUCAAGCUGGAGGAAUUCUGAGGAGAGCUUAGCGCUGUUACAUUGAGUCCGUGGAAAAACAGUGUUCCGAGAGCCCCUGCCGGUCCCGACAGCUUGAGGAUGCUGCCUUCUGGCCUUAGAUCCUUGUGCUCUUUGCUUAUUUAUCAAUGUUUUCUAGUCCCCUCUUCCCUCCAUUCUGAGGCACUGACUAGCUAAUUCUAAACAAGGACGGUCCUGCUGCAGACCCCUCCCCUCGUCCCUCUCACAGCCUCGCCCUGACAGAUAUUCAACAGGAAACACCUGCAGAGAACACCUGGCGCUCCCACACUCCCCUUCCCUGCCCCACCUGCCUCCCCAGUGACUGACGCUGGAGUGGCUUGUGCCCAGACCCCAAGUGGUGACACCGUUGCUUCAAUGUCAGAAAAAGGGCAAAAAAUGUACCCAUGCAACUGAAUGUAUCUCAUUCUUCACCGGCACAGUAGAGAUAAACGGUUCCUCUGCCUGCCUUUUACUGCCUUAUCCUGGAAAUAUUGGGGAAAAUAAGCCAUAUGGGUGUGAUUGACCUAAAAACAAAGGAAUGAAAGUCACUGGGAAAGCCAAGUGGACUUUUUCUAGGUUUGGUGGAGCAUAACUGGCCCAGAAAUCAGGGUUCUAGUUCAUGCCCUGCCAAAUGGGAGAUUUGUGACCUUAAAUCUUGGUUUUCUCACCUGGGGAAUAAGGACUAAGUCAUGAGUCCUGAAGUCCUUCCUGCCGUUAAUAUUGUAUGGAUUUUGGGGUGGGGGGGAGAAAUCUGACUCUUUUAAUGAUUUCUUUUACAUUCAAAUUUCUAGCUUCAUUAGGAAAAAAAGUAUGACCCACUUCACAGUUAAAGAACAUAUAUUUGGCAUUGAUUCAAAACGAACUUGACACAAAACUGCUCCCCCAUGUGGAGGGAAGCAGAUGCUCUUGGGGGAAGGUGAGGAGCACCAUUAAGAAUCCCAAGUACGGUUGCAGGUAACCUGGAGGGGACGGACAUGUUUACGGCCUGCAGACAAUGAUACUGGCUUCUGGGAAAAAGGAAACCCGAACAUUGCUAUGGAGCUUGCACGUCAGAGGAAGGAAAUAAGUGAAGAGAUUAAAAUUCCAAGCAUGAAGUUCAUGGGCAGAUGACCUGCUUUGACCUUAGCUACAAGACAAGCUUUGGGGGUUUUGUUUUUUCUAGGCAGCCUCUAGCCAGUCCCCCCAAGUCCUUGCUUUGUUACCAUCUCAGUUCCAUCUGUUGACUCUACUUGGAGAACAAACUCUCUUGCAGAGAUAAACACCCAGCUGCCUCUAGGCCUGGGGUAACACUGGGUGGGGCAAAGCUUCCUUCCCUGGGGAACGAGAGGAAGGACAGCAGGUGGCAUCCUGGACAGGUUCAGCCACUCCUGAGGCAACAGGCUUUCUGAGGCAAGGUUCCUCAUCCUGUCUGACCGAGAUGGCCCAGUACAUCAGACCUGGACUCCAGCGUCGGCUCGGAGCUGAUCUCUCGCUGAAUUAGAAUGCUGUGGGACUCACCAGGACUGGAACUGCUAAGAGGGUGCCCUAAAGCGACAGUCAUCCAGCCAGCCCCAGGUGGAUCUCAGCUCCUGGAAUGCCUUCAACAGGCAAACUGCUGAUCUGGAAGUAUUGUCGAAGGUUGGCCACUUUAUGCUGAGUAGGACGGGCCUUAGAGUACCUCAGGUUGAAAGGAAAAGCUAUAAGGACUGAAAGAAUCACGACUCUGAUGGUGAAAAUGACCUCGUUCCUCCUGAACAGACUGAGGCCCCGAGUGCAUCUCAAGUCCCCAUCCCAUAAAACCUGAUUGUGUGGGAUUUGCUCUGAAUUUAAAAAAAAAAAAAUUUUUCUGACUUUGCUGGGGCUUUCAAACCAGAUGUGGACCUGACAUUGCAGCAACCUUGGCACCUGUCCUGCCCCUCUCCCCCCAGCUCCAACUGGGGAGACAUUCCAGUAGAGGAGAACACAGUCCUGCUGGGAUUCUUACUUAGAAAUCACUUUUAUGGGUGCGUGGUAUGGGGCUGUGUGUGUGUGUGUGCGUGUGCGCAUGUGUUUGUAACCCACAAGUGUACUUUGCUCUCCGAUCUAAAUGUGCAGUAUUUCCUGAAAUAAUGCAAACAAGUAAGAUCUUUCCUUCUUUACGAUGCUGUUCCUAACACCACGUGCCACCUCAGAGCUUUUUCUAGUCAAAGGAGCCUCCGUCCUCAAUGGCGCGCUUGGCGUGUUGAUGCCUCAGCCCAGCGAUGCCCCUCACUCGUGCCCCAAGUGACACCUCCUCCAUCUGCGGUGCAGCCGCCGGGGUGGACUGCCAGCCCUGGCGUUGCUUCUCUGUGAACAGGUGCACAAGCCUUGGCCCCUCCACAACACUAAGCCCCCAGACUCCCCUUCUGUGCACCGCUGAGCACCCUCAGAGCAUGUCGUUGUCAGUAACCCAGCUCUACUCUCCGGAACUGUCACCUGUGGGUGUCACACCAACCCUGCUGCAUGAGUCAUCAAUUAGGAAAUCAGUCUUAUGGUUUUUGAAAUGUAGCCAGCGUUUGUAAGGCUAAACCUUUUUCAUGAACUGAGUUGAAGAAUAACCCAGCCGCAGUCCCUCUUCCCAAGGGGAAUGAUGACAGACAUUUGGAUCUCAUCACCCUUUCCAAUGGUGAUGGCAUCGGGUUCUAAAAUAAGCUCGUAAUUUUUCCUGUUAUUUUAAUAAUAUGGAAAUAGUAGCAUAGUGUUUCUUUUGAUAGUGAUAGAUUAUAAUCCAUAUUUAAAUUUUAUAGAGAAGAAAUUUUAUUGUACUGUGAUGUAGAUAUUUAUUAUCCAGGUAAGGAUUUGCCCGGUGUGUAUUUUUUACAAUUGAAAACAAUUUACUUUAAUCUUUAAACACACACACACACACACACACACACACAACAAUAAAAUAAAAAGAUAGGGAGAAAAAAAAAAGGUUUGGCCUUAUGACAGAAUUUUUACUGUGUUGUAUAAAUGUUUGCAAAUGCAAAAAGUGCAUUUCUAGUGUGUUUCCACAUUAAUUAAUGCCGCCUUCAAGAGCAAUAUCGUGCAGGUAAAAUGCUAUUUGUGGCUUUCCGUUGCACAGUUAAAGCUGACCCACCGUAUGCACAAGACAAUCAAAUAUGAAUCUGCCCUGCGCAGGGUGCAGAUACUACUCAUGUAAUUUUUGGAGCACAAUGUAAGACAAAAGAAGACACUUGACACAUGUAUUGUUGAGCAGAAACUGUCAGGGCAUAGAGGAGCUGACUGACGGUAUGUCAUUGCUUUCUUUCGGUUUUCCUUUCAUUUGGCAUUUUUAGUGUGAUCCUAGAGCCAAAUCAGUUCUCCAUCCUUCCUUCUGAGAAAACAUUGUUUUUUCCGUAAUGUGUUUAUGCCCUGAGAAUCAGAAAAAUGCUACAGACUAGAAAAAGAUCUACAGUCAUCAGAAGACUUCUGGUUUGCAAACAGUGUUAAGUGAUAUUGCUAGAUUGGUAAUAUUUUUUUUCAGCCUAAAACUCUGUUGACAUCUGUGAUCAAAAUGUUUUAAACUAUCCAAAAAAGAAAAUUUGUAUAUUUGGGAAAAAUGGAUUUUUACAUAGCUUUUGUAUGCAGAUAUUAAAUUGUAAUUAUGAAUAUAGUGGGCGUAGACAAACUCAUAAGCUUAAAUUCUAAAAAAGGAAAAAAAAGAAAAAGCUUAUAA